UCCUUUAUGUCCUUCAUUUACAAGUCUCAAUUUCAAUGUGUUUCUCUCUUGUAACCUGGGAACCUGAAUUAUUUUUCUGAACAGGAAUAUAUACAAUCCCCUUUUCUUUCUUCCUUUGUUGUUGUCCUUGAGGAGGAGCCAUGGGAAAGUCCAACCUUCCCACCGUUUCUCAAAGUGAGGAUGACGCUGAAGAAAAUGAUGACAUGGGGAUUGCUGAAAUUGCACCAAAGCUAUUGUUUUGUUCGUCUAUUUCUCUCACAGCUGAAGAGAUGCAAUGCUUAAGCAUGGGGGGCAAUGAAGAUCAGAGUAGAGGAGAGGACAGAAAAGCUUUGAGUAGGGAGGCCAUUGAGGAGAAGAAAACUUGUGAAGAAACAACCUCAGAGGCCAAUAAUUUCUGUAUCUUGCCGACUCCAGCAGAUGGAAAAAGUCAUUCUCAGUGGCAUGGAUUCCUUAAGAAGCUGAAGAAAGGGCAAGCAAUGAGCUUGCAUACAUUUCAUCCCAGCAUACCAGCUCUUCCCUCCAUGAAGAAGACUCCCAAGAAAAGAACAAGGAAGAGUUUGCCCGCUCUGCCUGCUGAAAUGGAUGCAAAUCAUUUAGUACCGUCGUGCUUUGAGACUUCUUGGAAAAAUUUCUCCCUUUCUGAGCUACAGAAAAUCACUGACAACUUUAGUCCUGAAAAUUUGAUUGGGGAGGGAGGUUAUUCAGAAGUAUACAAGGGACACUUGGAUGAUGAGCGGCUAGUAGCAGUUAAGAGACUGAUAAGAGGAAGUCCUGAGGAGAUGACAGCAGACUACUUAUCUGAGCUCGGAAUUUUGGUACAUGUGAACCAUCCCAACAUUGCAAGUGUUAUUGGUUAUGGAGUUGAAGGAGGGAUGCAUCUUGUCCUACCGCUGUCUCCUAAUGGGAGCUUAGCAACUUUGCUCAAUGACCACAAGGAAAAGCUACUUUGGGAAAGUAGAUACAACAUCGCUUUGGGCACUGCAGAGGGUCUGUCUUAUCUUCAUGAAGGGUGUCAGCGAAGAAUUAUCCAUCGAGAUAUCAAGGCUGCUAAUAUUUUGUUGUCACAAGAUUUUGAGCCUCAGAUAUCCGAUUUUGGGCUCGCAAAAUGGCUCCCUGACCAAUGGACUCACCUCACUGUAUCUCAAUUUGAAGGCACAUUUGGAUACCUACCCCCUGAACUCUUCAUGCAUGGAAUUGUUGACGAGAAAACUGAUGUCUAUGCUUAUGGGGUGCUGCUGCUGGAGAUAAUUACAGGCCGCCCUGCUUUGGAUCAAUCCCAUAAUAGUGUAGUGAUGUGGGCCAAGCCUCAUCUGCUCAAAAGAAAUAUUGCCGAGUUGGCUGAUCCAGCAUUUGGGGGAGUGUAUAACAUGGAAGAGAUGAGUCGCAUGGCUAUGGCUGCUUCUUUGUGUAUACAGCAGUCUUCCGCAGAUAGACCUCCAAUGAGCAAGGUCCUGAAAAUGUUAAGAGGAGAAGAGGACACGUUGCAGAUGAAUUCAAAGUUCCAAAAGCGACAUGCUCUUGGGAGGGGAAAUGCGAUGGACGUACUCAACGAACACCUGCUACUUGAUGAACCAUCAAGUUCAACAGAUGAUGCUGCUUAGAUAUAACAGUCACAGACACUGAACCAAACAUUGACCGGUCUCGAGGAUUUCAUUUAUGUAUAUAUCCAUCAUAGAGUACUCUUUGAAAUUCACAGUAUGUACCAAGUUGACUCAAAUCUGGAAGUUUUCGCUCCCUCAAGCCACCAUGAUAUGUCUAUGAAGGUCUGAACGUCUGGAUUCAUUUAUAGGAGAUCAGAAUGAAUAGCAGUGUGUCAUUAAGGAAGGAUUAGACUGGCUUUUGUGCUGCUUCUACUGAUUUUUGAGAUUUCAUUGGCAGAAACAUACUGUAAAAAAGAUACUGUAAAAAAGUUUUUAUAUACGAGUACAUGUUUAUAGGUAGGUCUUUCCAGGCUCUAUGCAAUUAGGAGUAUGUAAUGACAUUUUUAGCUAUUCAUGUUUCAAAAUGUAAAUCUUUAUCAGAUGUGCUUCUUGUAUACACUUAUUUGUACACACUUCAUACACACC